CGAUUGCUCUGCUCUAGAUCUGAGGCAGCGCUCUGAUUGGUCAACAGGUCCUGGCGCCAAAAUAGCAAGGAGGAAGAAGACUUGUAAACACAACAGGAGAGGUCUCUGCACACAAUUUCAGUAUUUUCAGCAUAUACUUGAUAUAAAGCUACUACUUUCGGUCUCAUUCGGGCACACAAUGGAUACACAGUCAUAUCUACCUGUACAACCUGGGGUGGGGAUGGGGGAGAAUUUCCUGUCUCUCGACGAUAUUGUACUCUCUCAUGAAAGACUUCCCAUCCGGACAGAGUGCAGUUUUCCCCGGCUGGGAUUUCUGGAAAAGUCGAGUGACUCGCAGGACAUACCGGAGGGUACAAAGAUGGAGCUUCCGUUGUGGCUGUCCAAGGGUCUGUACGAGAAGAAGAGGAGAGUGUUGUCAGUGGAGCUUCCGAAGGUGUACAGAGAGGGCUGGAGGACGGUGUUCAACGCUGACCCCAAUGUGGUGGAUCUGCAUAAGAUGGGGCCUUACUACUAUGGCCUGGGGUCCCAGAUGCUGCACUUUGACAGUCCAGAGAACCCUGAGAUCGCACAGACGCUGCUGCAGACGUUCAUCGGUCGCUUCAGACGGAACAUGGACUCCUCUCAGAAUGCCUACAACGAGGACACGUCUGCGCUGGUGGAGCGUCUGGACUGCCUGGAGAAGGCUCUGUUCACGUCGGGGCAGAGUGGCCUCAACAACUUCCAGAGCUGGGAGAAGGGCCAGGCCUCCCAACUCACCGCCUCCAGCCUGGUUCUCAACUACCGUAAGAGGAAGAUCACCGAUAUACAGCCCUGACCUGCAGCUAAAAGAUACAGAGACUGGCCAGAACUUAAGUCUGCUGCAUGACGGCAGCGCUGACUUUUACAUUCAUUUUCAUUUCGAUGACCCUGCAGGGUUUCCCCCGGAAAAGUUGUUCAGCCCGGUGGCAAGUGUCUUUUUUUCGACGAUGGCCCGGCUGGGGCCAUUCACAGAUCAGGAUUUUUCUUGCAUAGAGGAAUUUUUGGCGCCCCCCAAAGAGGUUUCAGUCUGAGCCAAAGGAAAAUUUACAAGCGCAAAAACACUGAGAGGAGUAGCCACUGCUGAUAUAGAGGCAUUAGGAUUGAAUUGAGACAGAUUUAUAACCGGUUAAAAACUUCUCGCUGUGGUUUACUUUUGUUUUGUUUUUUCGGAUCGACCAACUCUCGGGUAUGGUACGCAGUGUUUAAACGGACUGGACUUUGGGGUCAAGUGUACUCGGAUCAGGGCCCAGGCCCCUAAUCUUAAAGCCCCCUUACUGCAUUAUAUUCCAUUGUACUUUAUUAUUUUUUGAAUUGUCACCUGCCUCCUGAGUUCUGGGUUUUCCUUUUCUUAAAUAAAGAUCUUUCCAACAUAAAUUGGUGCUCAAAAAUGUAUCAGAAUGCAGGAAAUUAAGUGUUUGGCACUCAAUAUUUCCUGGGAAGGACCCUCAGCUUGAUAUGUGUCCCCCCAAAGGCCCAUUCUGAGUCAGGAAAAACCCUGCAGACUGAUGGCAGCAUUAAUGUAGAGCCCAAUCGUUUCUGUGAUGACAGAAUCAUGGACAGGAUCGUGAAAUUCAGAAUUUUAAAAAGCUAUAAGAUUCCAUAGGGCCCUACAUUAAGUUGGUGCUGAAAGCUAACUGGAGAUUUGAAUAUACAACUACGUCUAAGUUUCCAACCGAGCCACCCCGCUGUAACUGUAGUUUAAUAAAUGUCUUAAAAAUACAUUACAAAAUAAUUCCCAGUGGCUGAGGCAUCCGGGCUUGCAAUACACUGAGGGAAACCCUGCCCUGUGUGGAGUAUACAUUUUAUUUAUUUUGUCCCAUUGUAGGAGUUUUAUGUAAUCUUGACAAUUUGACAGUGUGUUCAUGAUCACUUGGUGUUUUAUCACAGUACUGAAACCGUUGAUUAAAAAGUGGAUUUUUGAUGGAAAUUCAUUGAUCUAUGAAUAUGAAUAGUUGGUUGCCGAAAUGUGGUUGUUGAUUAAUUGUUUUAACAUGUAUCAAGUAAAGAUUCCUAACAGUUG